GCCUCAACCUGCUGCACCAGACACGGGCACGCGCCCCGGAGAGGACGCGCUGCUCCUCGGUCGGUGUCACCGGUGACGUCUCGGUCACUUCUCCGUGGAUCCACCCGCCGGCAGGACGUCAUGUUUAACGUCGUGCACCAGGGUCGGAAAUAUGUCCCGGUGCGCUCCUCGGUCACGGAGGACUCUCCGGUAACCGUGCGCACUCUGGGAGUCACCAGAUCCCCGGGGGGCGCGACGACCGAGCCGCCGCAGGCCACCUGGCCGCCGCCCGGCGUCAAGCUGCGGGGCUCCAAGACCGGCAAGGGGGCCGCGGUCAUGAAGGCGGUGCGCGCGCACCUGUCUCCCCCGCCGGGCGCCUCCGUGGAGGGCAAGAGAGGGCGCGAGCGUUCACCGGGGAGCCGCGAGGGGCCGCACAGGGCCAGAAAGAGGGGGGGCUUCAGGGCCCCCGACGUGAGGACCAUCUUCUCCCCCGGGGAGAAGGACCCGAGGGUGAGGCAGGAGUCCGGGGAGGGACACGCCUUCCGGCCCGGGGGAGAGGACACGUGGUGCGACGUGUGCUGCAGGUACAUCUUCCAGAGAGGGGUCACCUGUGCAGGCUGUAAGUACACGUGUCACGCGGCCUGCCGGGACCGAGUGUCACUGGACUGUCAUCCUGCGGCUGCCCCCACCACGCAGGACCAGAUCAACAACAACAACACACCGCCACACGAGGUGCAGAAGGAGAGGGAGCUGAGGACGGAGUUCAGCAGGGAGGAGAUCCGGCAGCGCAUCGAGCUUUACAACACGCUGACCAAGGACCACCUCAAGAUGACACUGAACCCUACUGGUGUGUAUACGGGCUUCAUGAAGGUCCAGAUGGACCUGCGGAGGCCGGUGACGGUGCGGGGGGGCCAGAGGGGGGCGGGCGGGGCCCGGGUGGAGGAGGCCUUCUAUCUGCCCAGUGGGGUCACCAACACCCUCCACAUCAGCUCCAAUAACACCGUCAAACAGGUGAUCGCCGCCCUGCUGAACAAGUUCACAGUUGCAGACAACCCGGCAAAAUACGCCCUGUACAAACGCUACCGCAGGGAGGAGCAAGUGUACGUGUGUAAGCUGGCGGACGGCGAGCAGCCGCUGUUCCUUCGCCUCGUGGCCGGACCUGAAGGCGACACGCUGAGCUUCGUACUCAGAGAACAGCAGACGGGCGAAGUCAUGUGGGACGCGUUCUCCAUCCCCGAGUUGCGCAACUUCCUGCGGAUCCUGGAGAAGGAGGAGAAGGAGCAGCAGGAGGCGGUGGAGCGGCGCUACGACGCGUACCGCCUCCGACUGCAGGAGGCGCUGAGGGAGGCGCGGGGGCAGAGGGGGCCCUCCUCAGAGGAGUCGCCCUCCUGAGAGGAGUCGCCCUCCUGAGAGGAGUCGCCCUCCUGAGAGGAGUCGCCCUCCUCAGAGGAGUCGCCCUCCUCAGAGGAGUCGCCCUCCUCAGAGGAGUCGCCCUCCUCAGAGGAGUCGCCCUCCUGAACCGGGACCGCUGCCCCCUGCUGGGCCGGAGGAGGUGAUGCGUUACUUUUAUUUGUUUACGCCUCCUACGGGGAGAAAGAUGUAUAUGGACGGAGAGAAGGAGGUGAACGCAGAGAGAGAAGAGAGGAGCGCCUGGAAGAGAGGGGGAUGAUAUAAAGAAGAGGAACUGACGGACGGCAAGCCACCAGGGACAAAAAGGACAAAGUCUGGAUGCCGGAGUUUAAACGGAUUAAAGACGUGAACCAAAGAGACUUCACUGUGCCCUCCUCCUCCUCCUCUCUCACUCUAUAAUUUAUAUAAUUCCUCUUUUCAGCCUUGUAAUGACUCGAGGACACAUGUUGAGUUAGAGGAUUAUUUUGUUUUAAAGAUCUGUACAUAUUUUUUUAAUUUAUAUGGGUGAAACUUUUUUCAUUUUUUUAAUUGUGUUUUGUUUUGUUGAAACAAGUCUUAUUUUUAUUAGUUUCUUUUCGAACAGAGGCAUUGCACCAAUGGUUGACUAGUUUAACACAAAAUACACAAGAGGGCUAAAAUAUAUAUAAAUAAAAGAUUUAGAGAAAACACUGGAAGUGAAGAAGGAACGACGAGCUGCGGAGUCAACAGAGCGCAAACGAAAAAUAUGACUUUACUUUUAAUGCUUUUAUUACAACAUAAAGAUGGUAAAAUAAACAAUAAAAUACCCACAAAUAAGUAAAAUUGUGAUACAUUUAUCAAUUAAUAAUAUGGUUUCCUUCUUGCGUCUUGAAUGGCUAAUAAUUAGUAAAUUAAAGACCCUUUAAUAACAAUUUGAUAUUUAAUUUGUUAAUGUAGCUUCUUAUCUUUUUAUGAAUAAAAGUACAUUUUAAUAUCCUUAAAAAUAACAUUUUUUAUUUUAUUUUGUUCAUUAAUUGGCACAUUUAUUAAUGAAUACGGUCAAAAAAGCAACACAAUGUUAUAAAAUACAAAUUGAUUUCUAAUGCGUAAAAAAAUAAAAUAUUGCUCUCUUUAAUUAUUAAUAUUAUUAUUAUUAUUUGUAUAUUUUUUUAUUUGACACUGCAGACUCCGUCGCCCUGAAUGUCGUGACGGAGGUCCAGAGAGUUUAAAAAGAGGUUUUAAAGCGACUGAAACACAAACUUUACCGACUUCAGGAGAAACUUUUAUCUCUUAUUACCUCGCUGAGCGCAGAAUGAAACAUUCUAUUCACUUUUGGUUGUAACGAUUGUUUGUGAUGGCGAGCGGGGAUGAACUUUGGGAAUUGAAGCCUGAGCGGACUUGAUGUGGUUUGGAUAGAUUUGACCUUUUGACCUUGAGUGGUCAGAGGAAGGAGCGUCAGCUGGUUUCUGGAGGUUGACCGAGCAGCGUAGAGGAAGUAGAAGAGAACUGGAGCAAGGAAGAUAUAUCAGGAAGUCAGUGACCGUAACUGCUUGUGACCCACCGCUGAUCAUAAAGAGGAGGUCAGAGGUCGGAGGUCGUGAGCGCCGAUGGCUGCAGAGCAAGAUGGCGGUCGCCCGUCUGUCUGCAGACGCUCAUUUUAAAAAAGCAUUUAAAAGCUGCAGCUGUGACCUCCUCGUCAGCCCGGUGGAUACAAGUGGAAGAUAUCAAAGAGGAAAGAAGGAAAG